UAAGACCCAGUGAAGAUGGAGAUGUACGACGUCCUCGACAAAGUAGGAGAGGGAAGUUACGGGACAGUGGUGAAAUGCAGGCACAAGGACACGGGGCAGACAGUGGCCAUUAAGAUUUUAUAUGAUAAAUCGGGAAAAAGUGCUAACAAAACUGCGAUGAGAGAAGUGAAGUUUCUGCAGCAAUUUCACCAUGAGAAUAUGGUCAACCUGAUUGACGUAUUUAGGCAGAAAAAAAGAAUUCACUUGGUGUUUGAAUUUGUUGAUCAUACAAUUUUAGAUGAGCUCCAGCAUUAUUGCCGUGGAUUGGAUAACAAAAGGCUUAAAAAAUACCUCUUCCAGAUACUACGAGCAAUUGAGUAUCUCCACAACAAUAAUAUCAUACACCGUGAUAUCAAACCUGAGAAUAUUUUGGUAUCUCAAAGUGGAAUCACCAAACUCUGUGACUUUGGGUUUGCUCGCACGUUAGCCAAAGCUGGUGAUGUUUAUACAGAUUAUGUGGCCACGCGAUGGUACAGGGCUCCCGAACUGGUUUUAAAGGACCGGACGUAUGGAAAGUACGUGGACUUGUUUUGUUUUGCCUCUUGCUCA